CUGUGGAGGUGGGGGGAAGUAGCGGUCACACCAACACCUUGGAAUUGGGCUGGGUCCGCCUGGAGUCCCAGAGAUGUUCCCCAGCAAAUUCUUCCCAAGAACCAAUGAGUAAAAUUCGGGGCCUCCCACCUGAGGUCAGGGAGCCAGGCCCUGGAGUGGAACUAGGGGUGGAAGAUGGCCUCCUUUGUCAACUGAUUCAUUCUCCAGAAUUCAACCUGUUCUCUGACUCUGCAGUGUUCGAAAGCACCUUUAUCCAGGUUCCCAAACCUGGGAGCUGGAUAGACGUGUGUGAAAGGCCUACCACUGUGAUCCUUGGAGUGACCUCCUCAGUGCCCUCCUUACCACUCCCCAACGUGCUCCUGAUGGCUAAUGUCACCUGGCCCCAGGAUCAAUGUUGCUCAUGGACCAAAGCCAGCGGUGCUCCAGUUAUCACCCUGAGCAGGAUUCUCCCCCUGAAGUAUGUGGAGCUACAAAUCUGUGACCGGCUCCAGCGCCUCCUGAGAGUCCGCACAGUGACGGAGAAGAUCUACUAUCUAAAGCUCCAUGACAAACACCCCGAAGCCGUGUUUCAGUUCUGGGUCCGCUUGGUAAAAAUCCUGCAGAAAGGGCUGUCCAUCACCACCAAAGAUCCAAGAAUCCAGUUCACUCACUGCCUCGUGCCCAAGAUGCCCAAAACCUCCACAGAAACAACACCGGAAAGCAGCGCCCCAAGCUCCUCCCAGCCCAGCGAAAGUGUCAUGCUGUUGGCGGCAGAGCAGACCAGUGGCAGCUUCUCUCAUCUCACCAGGUCCCAGUUCUCAGAUGACAGAAAUAUCAACACUGUCAUCGAAAUAGAAAGUUGCAGAAGCUUUGAUACGAUACCCUCAAAAGUGGCAUCUCCGAUGAGUUUGAAGGUACCCAUGAGAGCUGCCUUGAGCCACAGCCUCUGGGAGCAAGAGCAUCCUGAAGAGCCCUGCCUGCAGACCCCCGUCGCCAGCUCCCUGGGACAGAACUUUUUGGGACCCUGACAGAGUGACCGUCCUUGACUUCUUCAUCCAGGGCACCUGCUGCAAUCUCCCCGCCCGGAGCUGUUUUCCCACCUGUGGGCCUCAAGACCAUGGGAGUCAGCCGGCAGAUGGUUUUUAUAGCAAGGUGCUUAUGUACUUCCACCAAUAAACCUCCAAGUGAGUUCCUA